AUGUCAGAAAAAAAAAAUGCAGAAUCUGUGAUGAAACCUCAAUGUGAUGAAAACUAUGCUGAUGGUGGAGUCGGAGUUGGUGCACAGUUUGAUAUUGACAGCCAGUCUGUACGGUCAUCUGGUAUCAAUGUUGAAGUUAUAAAUAAUAGCGGAGAUGAGGAGAAGACGGUCGGAGAUAAACCAAUCCCAGAGGCUGUUCCUGUUGUAGGACCUCCUCCAAAUGGUGGUUUACAGGCUUAUUUAGCGGUUUUAGGUGGUUUCUUUGCAUUAUUCAAUAGUUGGGGUCUCAUCAAUACAUUUGGCGCUUUUGAGACGUAUUAUCAAGAGGAUUUGUUGAGCCACGAGGACCCGUCUACUAUUGCCUGGAUCGGAUCUAUCCAAGGAUAUUUUGUCGUUGCCGCUGCCAUUGUCUUUGGAAGAAUGGUUGAUGCCGGAUACAUUCAGAGUUUAUUGUAUGUCGGAACUUUUCUUCUGACUUUUGGAAUGAUGAUGACAAGCAUCUCGUCGGAGUUCUAUCAGAUUUUCCUUGCACAGGGUGUUGUGGUUGGAAUCGGAUGCUGUUGUAUGUUUGUGGUGUCGGUCUCAGUAGUGGCUUCUUAUUUUAGUACUAGACGUGCCUUUUUUGUUGGUAUCGUUGCUUCAGGGGUAAGUUUAAUGGUUGUGAAUGAUGGAGUUCGUGAGAUCAUAACUCGGUUGGCAGGUUGA